UUCCUUUCUUUUAAAGAAAGCUAAGGGGAGUGGAAAGCAGGAGGUAAGAAAGAGAAAGGGUGUGUGUGGGAGGUGAGAUGGAAGAUUAUCUUAGCCCGUUAGCUGUCACUCAUCUCCUUCAACACUCCCUGAGGAGCUUGUGCACUCAAGAGAACUCUCAGUGGGUUUAUGCAGUCUUUUGGAGAAUCUUGCCUAGGAAUUACCCUCCUCCCAAAUGGGAUGGUCGAGGAGCUUAUGACCGGUCAAGAGAAAACAGGAGGAACUGGAUAUUGGUAUGGGAAGAUGGUUUCUGCAACUUUGCUGCCUCAGCAGCUGAGAUAAACUCAGAUGAGUAUCCUGGUUCCUCAGUGUAUAGCAAAUGUGAAUUUCAGCAAUAUCAAGGACUGCAACCAGAGCUUUUCUUCAAGAUGUCCCAUGAAAUCUACAACUAUGGAGAAGGUUUGAUAGGAAAAGUGGCUGCAGAUCACAGUCACAAGUGGAUAUAUAAAGAACCAAAUGACCAGGAAAUGGACAUCUUAUCCUCAUGGCAUGACUCUGUAGACUGGCGUCCCAGGACAUGGGAAGCUCAGUUUCAGUCUGGUAUAAAGACUAUAGCCUUGAUUGCAGUUAGAGAGGGUGUUGUCCAAUUAGGAUCUGUUCACAAGGUAAUUGAAGAUCAGCUGAGUUUUGUUGUUCCACUGAGAAAGGGGUUCAGCUACAUAGAAAGCAUUCCUGGGGUGUUGUUGCCUCAUCCAUCACCUUCUGCUUUCCCUUUCAAGGGAGAUGAGUACAGUGGCACACUAGAGACAUGUCACUACCCUGGAACUAUUGCACCACAACCUCAACUAUAUGACCAUUUCAAUCAACCAAUGAAGAUCACCCCCUCCAUGAGGAGCCUCGAAGCCCUCCUCUCCAAGCUCCCAUCAGUUGUACCCCCACCAGCUUCAGCAGGGUACUGUGAGUCACAGUUUGUAUCUCCUUCACAACUGCAUCUAGAGUAUUAUGGAAUGGAGAAAGUGACUAAAAAGGUCAUGGACGAAGAAUAUAGGCCUGAACAGGAAGUGGGUGAGAGUAGCACUUCCAUUUCUGCUUAUCAUUAAUAAUAAUAUUGAUUCUCUCUCCAUCGACUUGAAUUAGCUAUUGAUUAGUUUGAGCUUGAUAUGUUUCCGACAAAGUAGUUUGGAGUUCGUCCUCUAGGCUUUUUAGUUAGCUUUGUUUGUUGUGGCGGCUGUCUGAGCCUAGAUUCCUAUGUAUCAUUGUCGGUUUUGAAUCAUAAUAAUCUUCAUUAAUUUAU